UCCCCACCCGCCGCGCCGGCCUCCAGCCCAGCUCCGCGCUCGCGCUCCCCAAGCCUCCUGCGUGCGCUUCCCCCGCGGCGGCGAUGCCGGGGCCCUCGCCGGGGCUGCGCCGGGCGCUGCUCGGCCUCUGGGUUGCGCUGGGCCUGGGGCUCCUCGGCCUCUCAGUGGCCACUCAGGAGCCCUUCUGGGCGGACCUGCAGCCCCGCACGGCGCUGGUGGAACGCGGCGGGUCCCUGUGGCUCAACUGCAGCACCAACUGUCCCCGACCUGAGCGGGGCGGCCUGGAGACCUCGCUGCGACGCAAUGGCACCCAAAGGGGCUUGCGCUGGCUGGCCCGGCAGCUGGUGGACAUCCGCGAGCCCGAAACGCAGCCCGUCUGCUUCUUCCGAUGCGCCCGGCGCACGCUGCAGGCGCGCGGGCUCAUUCGCACUUACCAGCGCCCCGAGGUUGUGGAGUUGAUGCCUCUCCCCGCCUGGCAGCCCGUGGGCGAGAAUUUCACCCUGAGUUGUAGGGUCCCUGGCGCCGGGCCAAGGGGGAGCCUCACGUUGAUCCUGCUGCGGGGCGGCCAGGAGCUGAUCCGCCGCAGCUUUGCCGGGGAACCACCCCGAGCCCGGGGCGCCACGCUCACGGCCACGGUCCUGGCACGGAGGGAGGACCAUGGGGCCAAUUUCUCCUGCCGAGCCGAGCUGGACCUGCGGCCGCACGGUCUGGGACUGUUUGAAAACACUUCUGCGUCCAGAGAGCUCCGCACCUUUGCCCUGUCUCCAGACCCGCCGCGCCUCACCGCUCCUCGCCUCCUGGAAGUGGGCUCGGAAAGAGUCGUGAGCUGCGCCCUCGAAGGCCUGUUUCCAGCCUCGGAGGCCGGGGUCUCUCUGGCGCUGGGUGAUCAGCAGCUGAGUCCCGAAGUGACCCUCGAGGGAGAUGCGCUGGUGGCCACGGCCACGGCGAGCGCAGAGCAGGAGGGCGUCGGGGAGCUUGUCUGCAAAGUGACCAUCGGGGGCGAGAGCCGGGAGGGACGAGAAAAUGUGACCGUCUACAGCUUCCCAGCGCCCCGCUUGACCCUGAGCGAUCCCAGCGCCCCCGAGGGCAAGCAGGUGACAGUGACCUGCUCAGAUCCCGGGGCUGGAGUCCUCAUCACGCUGAACGGAGUGCCAGCCGCGGGCCCGGGGCAGCCUGCCCAACUCCUGCUCAACGUCACGGAGAACGACGACGGACGCAGUUUCCUAUGCGAAGCCACUUUGGAGAUGGAUGGAGAGACCCUGCGCAAGAACGACACGGCCGAGCUGCGCGUCCUAUACGCACCCCGGCUGGAAGACUGGGACUGUCCGCGGAACUGGACUUGGCCAGAGGGUCCCGAGCAAACGCUGCGCUGCGAGGCCCGCGGAAACCCGCAGCCCUCGGUGCAUUGCGCGCGGCUGGACGGCGGGGCGGUGCUGGCGCUCGGCCUGUUGGGCCCCGUCACGCGCGCACUCGCCGGCACUUACCGCUGCACCGCGGUCAACGUCGUGGGCGAGGCGGUCAAGGACGUGACCCUCACGGUUGAGUACGCCCCCGCGCUGGACAGUGCCGGCUGCCCGGAACACCUGACAUGGCUGGAAGGAACCGAGACGUCUCUGAGCUGUCUGGCCCAUGGGGUCCCGCCUCCCAAUGUGAGCUGCGUGCGUUCCGGCGGGGCCCAGCUGGCGGAGGGGCCCCUGCGCGUGGCGCGCGAACACGCGGGUACCUACCGCUGCGAGGCCACGAACACGCGCGGCUCCGUGUCCAAAACCGUGGCUGUUACGGUGGAAUAUGGUCCCAGUUUUCAGGAGUUGAGCUGCCCAAGCAAUUGGACGUGGGUGGAAGGUUCUGGACGCCUGUUUUCCUGUGAGGUCGAGGGGAAACCAGAACCAAGCGUGGAGUGUGUGGGCUCCGGGGGUACCAGUGAGGGCGUUUUGCUGCCACUGGCACCCCCAGAACCGAGUCCCGGAGCCCCUAGCCUCGCUAGUGGCCUGGCACCCGGGAUCUACAUCUGCAAUGCCACCAACGCGCACGGCUCCAGCUUAAAGAUGGUCGCCGUGAGCACGGAGUCCGCGCCGCACAUGGAUGAAUCCACCUGCCCCAGUAACCAGACAUGGCUGGAAGGGGCGGAGGCCGCGACUCUGGUCUGCUCCGCCCGGGGUCACCCGACCCCUCAAGUGCGCUGCUCCCGGGAGGGCGCACCCCGAUCUCAGCGGCUCCGCGUGUCCCGGGAGGACGCGGGCACUUACCGCUGCCUGGCCACCAACGUGCACGGCACGGACGCGCGGAACGUCACGGUGGGCGUGGAAUACCGGCCGGUGGUGGCCGAGCUGGCCGCGUCGCCCCCGGGAGGAGUGCGCCCCGGGGGCAACUUCACCCUGACCUGCCGCGCCGAAGCCUGGCCCCCCGCGCAGAUCAGCUGGCGCGCGCCCCCCGGGGCGCUCAACCUGGGCCUGUCCAGCAACAACAGCACGUUGAGCGUGGCGGGCGCCCUGGGCAGCCACGGCGGCGAGUACGAGUGCGCAGCCACGAACGCGCACGGGCGCCACGCGCGGCGGAUCACGGUGCGCGUGGCAGGUCCGUGGCUGUGGGUCGCCAUAGGCGGUGCGGCGGGGGGCGCGGUGCUGCUGGCGGUGGGGGCCGGCCUGGCCUUCUACCUGCAGUCCACGGCCUGCAAGAAGGGCGAGUACAACGUGCAGGAGGCCGAGAGCUCGGGCGAGGCCGUGUGCCUCAACGGGGCAGGCGGCGGCGCGGGGGGCCCAGGCCCCGGCACUGGCACCGAGACUGCAGGGGGUGGCCCCGAGGACCCCCCGGAGGGCGAGGUCUUCACCAUCCAGCUGACAUCGGCGUGAGCCUGCAGCCCUCACCCCGCGGGCCGGGGGUCGCCCAACUUACUGUUCUAUUUGUUUAUUCAUUCAUUUAUUUAUUUAUGCAGCUCCAGGCGCGGGUACCCCUGUUUUCUACCC